CUUUUGUCGGAUUGAAGUGCCGUUUGAGGCAAAAUGAAGCUCGUGUCAAGCUCUACACAUCCAUACAAGCAAUUUUAGAUUUUGUGCCCCUUUGGAUUUCGAAUCUUGAGACCCAUUUUUUAGGGUUUUGGUGUAAUCUUGAGGUAGGGGCAUCUUAAUCCACUCUCUUCUUGUUCCAUUGUCUUGGAAAAGAACCGGUGAACGACAACCCACCUCAAACUUGAGCGAUACUAGAAGCUCACUUCUGUGUCUUUUGUAUAUCUCCCAUUAUUUUUGCAAAGCACUAAAAGUGUGAAGGUGUAUAUGUAUAUUUUGCAAAACUUUGUCAUGUAAUGUAAUUAAGGCAUUUGAUGAUAUUUUGAAUGUGAAUUUGAUAACAUGUAAACCUUAUUGAUGAAUGGGGAGAGUAAUACUAGUUUGAAGUAUUAUUGAGGUCAUUUGAUUGUGUAUUAUCAUCUACUAUUGCUGUGAAUUCGGAAUUUGAGCCAUGAUAGGUUAAAAAUGAAUUUAAACAGGUUGUGAUAGGCCUAUUUUUAGGGGAGGUCAUGCCGAAAUUUUUUUUUUUUUUUUUUUUUUUAAAAAGUAUUAGUUUUGAGUCGUUACAAUAUGAUAUAUAUAUAUAUAUUCUUGAAUAAAGAGAAGAAAAAGUGAUCCUACGAACACCGGUGUGUUACCAGUGGAGUAGGCUCCGACGAACAAGUCAGUGUGAAUGAUAAUCUCCCUGGAGAAAUCGAGAAAUUGAGUUAAGGUUUAUUGCGUACCUCAAAACGUUGAUUCCCCCGCCUUUUUUAUAGGGCUUAGGUUAAGAUGUCACGUAGAAUAACCUUAUUGUAAUCUGUAGACUUAAUCCUCAUCGUAAUCUUUAAUCCUUAUCACAAUCUUUAAUCAUUAUCGUAAUCUGUAAAGCCUAUCUCAAUCUGUAAUUCUUAUCGUAAUCUGCAGAGCCUAUCUCAAUAGUGCGUUAAUUUAGUAAUCUUCUCUUAAUUAUGGAUAUUUAAAUUAUACAUCCAUCACCAACCAUAUGAUAAUUGAUCCAUUAUGGAAAUUAACUAUAAUAUUUACUUUGCUCAUUCAAGGAAGGAAGAUAAUCAUUCUCAAAACUGGAAGUUUGAGGACAUAUAUAUGUAUAGUACUGGUGCUCAUGGUAUUGUUUCUCAACUUACAAAGUGAUUUUGACAGCUCCAAUGUUUCUGACAUUUAUUAUUGUAUCCCGAGCAUGUAUUAUUUCCUUCUCCACACAGGCACGUACAACAUUCGUUUUCCUUCUUGAAUUUUCAUAAUUCUGGUUUUCUGGAGUUAUGUUUCAAAAGUGUGUUUCCAUCCUCAUCACUCGCUUGUAUUGACUGCAAAAUAUACUAAGCCAAUUUGCAAAUUACAAUUACCACCAAGAGUUAAUAUCUCCUCAAUAAUCAAUGUAGAUGUGUGAGUUAUACCAAGAUAAAUAAAUGCAAUUAUCAAUUCAAAAAAUCAUUACUACGUAUAACUUUAAUGUUCUAGGUCGGAAUCCCUUUAGAACUAUAACCUAGAUAACAAAAUACAAAAGUCAUUAGUUCUUCAAAUUUAACUUUCGAAUUGAGAUGUUUUCAAACCCGCGUGAUUAAAUAUGAAUAAAUCAUAACUCUCGUCAUGAGAGAGCUAUUCAACCUAAGCGGUAACCUCUUUUCUCUCAAUGAGAAGGGGUCCAAUCCCAUAUGGACAUUUAACGAGUUUAUGUACUUUUCAAAUUUCCCUUUGCAUUUUCUAAGGUGUAGUCAAUGCUCCACCUUCCUGGCUUCUUCCAUGUAUUAGAAUGUAGAAAUUUUUAUUGCCAUACUGCUAAUUAUGAUCCUAGCUGGCAAGGUCAUUCCAUCUGAGACGCCCACAAACGCUGAAAUUCUGUGUGGUCCAAAGAAAUGCUGGUCCAAGCAAUGUUCUUCUGCUCCUUCAACAAAGAAAACGCGUAUGCAAAAGGAUUAAGAAAAUAUAUGGUAGUUAUGAAAUUCUUUAGCUGAUAAAGGAAAAGUAUACAAAGACUCAUUCAACAAAUCUCAAGUCUUGAUCCGAAAUUACAAAUUUAUCAAUUAUAUAUACACAAUUGAUAUGUGCAUAUGUAGUAAGCCUACUGAUCUGCAAGCUUAAUCAAAUCAUCCAAAAAUCUUUCCCAUCUUUAGUACUGCAUCAUGCUCUGCGAUUACAGUGCUCUUGUAAAAUUACCUAAGCUUCUCUAUAUUUUCUUCGUGAUAACCUUUUUCUUUUUUCUCAUUAUCCCUCAUGCAACUCCACUAGAAUUCAACAUCCCUGAAAUCACAAGCAAUGAUCUGAACACCAAGAUAAAAAUCUACCAGAACGCUUAUGUCUCAUCACAAGGCCUCCAAGUCACCCCAAACGAGCUUGGUGAAGCGCGAGCGCAUAAAGUUGGUCGAGCCACGUACAUCGAAUCUCUGCACCUUUGGGACAAUGCAUCUCAAAACCUGGCAGACUUUGUCACCCAUUUCUCCUUUGUCAUGAGUUCAGAUGGACUUAAAAACCAAGGCGAUGGGCUUGCAUUCUUCCUUAUUUCCAACGUUUCAGAUUUUAAUGAUGUCCCUGUCACACGAGGAAGUGGCCUUGGUCUUCCAGUCGACAAUGUUACAAUGAGCUCUUCCACUAAUCCAUUUGUUGCUGUGGAGUUCGACACUUACAGGAAUGGUGCUUUUGAUCCAUACACCAACACCGGCGCUCAUGUAGGUAUCAAUGUUAACUCUAUGAAAUCUGUUAACACUUCAAUAUGGAAAGGUAAUAUCACUCGAGGGGAUGAAAAUGAAGCUUGGAUUACUUAUAAUUCUACUUCAAAAACCCUGUGGGUUCGCUUCACUAGUUAUUUUAAUAAUACCAAAGUUCAACAAGGUAACCUUAGUCAUGAAGUUGAUCUGCGCAAGUACUUAACGGAAUGGGUUACUUUUGGCUUCUCAGCCUCAACGGGGGACUCUUUUGAGACGCAUACAGUUAAAUCAUGGAAUUUCAGUUCUACAGAUCCGGCGCCGGUGACAGCAAGCCCCAAAGGAAACAAGGAAAACAAGACAGCACUAGUGGUGGGAUUAAGUGUUGGCUCAUGUGUACUUUUGGGUGGUGGAUUGUGUUUGAUUGCCAUUUGCUUGCGGAAGAAAAGGAGUAGAGGAAACGAAGAAGAUGCGGAAUUUGUCUUUGAACUAUCCAUGGAUGAUGAAUUCGAGAAGGGUAUUGGACCAAAGAAGUUCUCCUACAGUGAAUUGGCUCAUUCGACUAACAACUUUGAUGAGGAAGAAAAGCUUGGAGAGGGAGGGUUUGGUGGGGUUUAUAGAGGUUUCUUGAGGGAGUUGGACUCUUAUGCUGCUGUGAAGAGGGUGUCAAGAGGUUCUAAGCAAGGGCUUAAAGAGUAUGGAUCAGAAGUUAAGAUCAUUAGUAGAUUGAGGCAUAAGAAUCUAGUGCAGCUCAUUGGUUGGUGCCACGAAAGGGAUGAGCUACUACUCGUUUACGAAUUCAUGCCAAAUGGGAGCUUAGAUUCCCAUCUUUUCAAUGGAAAAAGCUUAUUGACAUGGGCGAUGAGGUACAAAAUUGUCCACGGCUUGGCAUCUGCUUUACUUUAUCUUCAAGAAGAGUGGGAAGAAUGCGUGCUGCAUAGGGAUAUUAAAUCAAGUAACAUUAUGUUGGAUUCAAAUUUUAAUGCCAAACUUGGGGAUUUUGGGCUAGCCAGGCUUGUUGACCAUGAAAAAGGAUCGCAAACAACUAUUUUGGCAGGGACAAUGGGGUACAUGGCUCCUGAAUGUGUCAUUAGGGGCAAGUCUAGUAAGGAAUCAGACGUCUACAGCUUUGGAAUCGUUGCACUGGAAAUAGCAUGUGGGAGAAAACCCAUUAAUCUUCAAUCAAGACUGGUGGAGUGGGUUUGGGACCUCUAUGGAACAGGAGAGCUUCUUGAAGCAGUAGAUCCCAAAUUAUGUGCCGAUUUUGAUGAGCAAGAGAUCAAAUGUUUGAUGAUUGUUGGGCUUUGGUGUGCUCAUCCUGAUUACAAUCUCAGGCCUUCAAUUAGACAGGCAAUUCAUGUGCUUAAUUUUGAAACUCCACUUCCCAUUCUCCCAUCAAAGAUGCCCGUACCAACAUAUCUUGCCCCUGAUCCAGUGAAUACACCUGUUUCUUCAUUUCCAUUAUCCUUCGAUACCACUGUCUCUGAGAGUAACCAAAUCCAUUAUUCGAGCGACAGUUACAAUACUGAUUCCUCAAAGCUUACCACGUCUUCUACAAUUUCCUCUGCAACUGCAUCUCUUUUGCAUACACGGUAAGGUGAUUUGAAGAAUAUCAAGUUCAUGAUUGUCAUGUAAUUGAGGUCUAUUGUAUUGGACUUCUGCAUUAUUUUUUCUCUCUUUUGUUCUUUCGUUUCUUUAGCAUGGUAAAAGUUUUUUAAUUUUCAUAUAAA